GACUGCAGAGUGUUAACGUGAUCUAGAGUGAACUUUAACUAUGAGUGCAGAGUGUAUCAACCUGAAGAAAAGAAGGAGAUGCAUCAGACACGCCUGAAGUGGUGCAUAGUUUGCCUUUAACUCUCCUGCGUGCAAUCUUUACCUCAUUACACACAAAAAGAUAAAUAAACCCACCAUGCCUCUCGGGGGAAGACGCAGCUACAUCUUGGCAGUUCCCGCCGUCGUCCUCUUCGCCCUGUGUUACCACUCGUUCUCGCCCUCCCGGCACAGGUACAACGUCCGCCUCAACCAGGACGGCCAGGAGCUCAACCUCGAACUCUCCGAGGACGAGAUAGAGAAUUUCCUCAAGACCAACGCCCAGAAGACGAAGGGCGAGGCGGCGCCGACGUCAACGCCAGCCUCGCCGGUGCCGCAGACGAGGAACAAGAGCCAGGAAAAUGACGUGGAGUUCGUGGUAGUGAACAACAAGGUGUACCUCAAGGGCGAACCCAUCCCGCAGAAGGUUCGCUACCCCGUGCUCAAGCCCUCGAAGGGACGGGCGCUCAAGAACAUGGACUUCAGCAGAUUCAAAGGAGAGGAGCAGAAGUUCAUGGAGGAGCGCCGUCAGGAGCUUCUGCGCAGAGCUUUCCGAGUGAGCUCCAUGUGCAAGGCGCGCUCUAAGCUGGCCACCUCCAGGCUGCUGCACUUGGUCUGGGAUCUGAAGCACGAGCCGAACGUGGUGUGGUGUCCAAACUAUAAGGUCGCCUCCACUUCCUGGAUGGUCAACUACCUCCGCCUCGCGCACUUCAACGAAGACAAUCCCGAGAUCCUCAAACUGCCGCCGGCGAAGAGGGAGCAGAUGCGGCUUAAGGUGAAGUACGGGGCACGGCAGAAAAAGGUGUUCGAGCUGUACCCUCAACCUACCGACGGCGAGGACCUGAAGAAGGCGUUUGAAGGGGCCAUAAGGGUGAUUUUCGUCAGACACCCCUUCGCCAGGAUUCUCUCAGCCUACCGAGACAAAAUGAGCAAAAUGGAUCCCAAGCCGAGAGAAUACCAUUUUCGAGACCUGCAGCUCUCUAUCAUCUCCAAGUACCGACCUGCAGACAGUCCCGAGUCCUCGCCUUUCCCGACCUUCCCUGAGUUCGUGCAGCACGUGAUAGACUCCACCAAGGGCUACCAGACAGCGGGCGAGUGGGUGGAUCAUGUCAAGUGCUGGACACCUUACUGGGCCCAAUGUAACGUUUGCAGCAGCGACUACAACCUCAUUCUUAAGCUGGAAACGAUGAGUGAAGACGAGCGGUUCCUCAUAAACCUUGCAGACUACGAAGAGCUCAAAAUGAGGCAAAAACAGGAGUGGCGGCAUCUCCACAACGCCACCUCACAGGACCUCGCUUCGCAGUACUUCUCUCUCCUCACCCACGAGCAGGUCCUCCAGCUUCACCAGCGAUAUCUCCUCGACUUCCAGCUCUUCGAGUACAAGAUUGACGAUUACUUGAAAUAUGCGAAUGAUGACUAAGGGUGAUUGGAGUGUUGUAAUGACGAGUUGUUAGGUCGUGGAUAUGUUAUGUGAUUUGAUUAUCACAUACAUAUCUAUCUACAUAUCUAUAUAUAUAUAUAUACACACACACAUCAUCAUCAUCAUCAU